AAGUGGGCGAAAAGCAAGCAAUGUGAUUGGACUGAGCAGAGAUGGGAAAGAAAGGAUAUUUGGGUCUUCUGAAAUCCAAGGAUGCAAGAACUACCAGCAUAUGUAUUUAUUUCUGAGAGAGAGAGAGAGAGAGAGAGUUUGAUUGGGGAAAGGAGGGGGAGGAAAAAAAAAAGCAUAGAUGAGAUGGAUUCUUGUUGGGCUCUUCUCCAACACCAAGUACUUGUUGUUUAAGCAGACAAAAGGGCGCUCUAUAGAGAGAGAGAGUGUGUAAAAAGCAAGGGUGUCUGCUACUGCCUCUUUCUAUAGAAGAUAUUGAAUUUUCGCUUCCUCUAAUUGGCUUAUCUCUUACUUUCUUGUCUGGGUUUGUGGGUGUAGCCUCUCUCUCUCUCUCUCUCUCUCUCUCUCUCUCUCUCUCUCUCCACCUUUUUUGAAAGAAUGGAAGGGGUUGAAGAGAAACAUGUAGAGAGUGAAAAGAGAAGGAGAUUUCAGAGGAUUUGUGUUUUCUGUGGGAGUAGAUCAGGAAACAAGUCUACAUUCAGUGAUGCAGCUCUUGAUCUUGGAAAACGGAUGGUUGAGAGAAAAAUCAAUUUGGUUUAUGGUGGUGGAAGUGUAGGUCUGAUGGGCCUCAUUUCUCAGACAGUAUUCAAUGGUGGAUGCCAUGUUCUUGGUGUAAUUCCUAAAGCUCUCCUCCCACAUGAGAUUUCAGGAGGAAGCAUUGGAGAGGUGAAAACAGUUGCAGAUAUGCAUGAAAGGAAAUCAGAAAUGGCCAAAAAUGCAGAUGCUUUCAUUGCUCUCCCUGGUGGUUAUGGGACCCUGGAAGAGCUACUGGAGAUGAUAGCAUGGUCUCAACUGGGAAUUCAUGAGAAACCAGUGGGCCUGUUGAAUGUGGAUGGUUACUACAACAACCUGCUUGCAUUGUUUGAUAAAGGUGUGGAAGAAGGCUUUAUAAAGGAUUCUGCAAGGCAUAUUGUAGUUUCUGCUGAAACAGCAGAAGAACUAAUCACGAAAAUGGAGGUGUAUGCACCAGUUCAUGACAAGGUUGCACCCAGACAAAGCUGGGAAGUGGACCAGUUACUCGAGUCUUCUACAAGUGGGGCCAUCCCAAGAUGUUAAAUCUCAAUCGUCCAUUGUACAUAUAUAUGGAUAAUUGUUAGUGGUUUGCUAGCUGACAUGCACCUUCUCCACAAACACCGCACGUGUGCCAGCCUCGCAAAUUAGACUGGUGGUCCACUUAUCGGGUAAGCCCAUGCAACUAAACAACGGUCCACAUUCAAUGUACUCACACGUGUGGCUUUCCUGAUGAGUGAACCGUCCUGAGUUUGUUAAUACUUAUCUAUAUGGUGAGGACCGGCUUAUGAACGAUUCAGAUGGAGCACAUAGGUUUCUAAGUUGCACGUGUGCUGUGUAAGUGUACGUGUGGAGAGGAGUGUGAAUGGGGCUUUCAAAAUCAAACCCUUUCAACUACUAAUAUAUUUAUUUUUCAAUAAUAAAAAGAGAUAAAAAUGAUUCUCUCC